CGAUGAUGCACAUGCAAAAAAAAACACUUGGAAUCGAAUUCACCUCACUGUGCACCAGCACUUAGUGCUGUGCAGACACAAGUCUUGCACCUUCCUCACUUUGAAGUACAACAUUUUAUCCAAUCUACAGUUGGGAACACUUUAUUUUGGCAAAUCUUGACUUGAGGCUGCAACCAGUGAACAAAAAGUUUUAAACGGAAAAAGAACACAAGAACUAUGCCGUUAUUAGGUACUCCUGCCCCGGCAAAAAGGAAAAAGUCAUCCAGAGUAAUUAUAAAAGCUCUUAAAGAUGAGUCUGAUGAUUUUAUAAAUAAUUAUGGAGAGCCAGGAUUAUAUUUCCACUUGACAGAAGGCACUGUAAUUAAUGAACUUGACCACAUAGAGGGAACCGAUUUGAACCUUGGGAAGAAAAUCAGCAUCCCAAGAGAUGUCAUGUUGGAAGAACUCUCACUGCUGAACAAUAAAGGAUCCAAGAUGUUUAAACAGAGGAAGCUCAGGGUCGAAAAAUUCAUCUAUGAGUCAAAUCCUGACAUCUUUAAUUCAGACUCAAUGGACAAUUUUCAGAAAUACAUACCUUAUUCAGGUGUACAUGGUCACGGUGAUGUGGAGAUAAGCGGAGGCAUGGGAACUGGAGGAACACAUGGAUCCUUCCAGUCUGGAAAGCAUUCAAAGGCUCCAGUUCCCUACCCAAAGCCUCAUCACACAUCAGCUUCUGGGGGUGGACAAACUGGCACAGAUGGUCAUGGAGGUGGAACUGGAGGUGUUGGAGGAAGUGGGGGGGUUGGAGGCAGUGCGAAUCAGAGUGGUGUUGGUGGAGGUAAAGGGACUGGUGAAACUGGGAAAAAAUAUGUGUCUACGAUCAAAACCUAUAUUUCACCUUGGGAACGGGCAAUGGGGAAUGAUCCGGAGUUGAAGGCAACCAUGGAUCUACAUAUGGAAGCUCCUGCUGGUGGAUUUAAACUUCGUAAAUUUAAGAGCUUCAACAGGUCUGCUGAGCCAUACGGAGGAUUUGAAAAGGCAGCCAAAUUGAUGACUUUUCAGCUACCAGAAUUUGAUCCAACUCCACCAGAACCUGAGCCUGUAAUCGUAUCUAACCAAGACAUCAGCACCCGGCCAAACUUUAACAGGACCCCUCUGGGCUGGACUCCAAUGAGCACAGAAUCUUUAGUCAACCUUGGAAUAGAUCUAGAGUUUAACGCUGAAACUGAUGACCUGUAGAGUGUUGGGCGAUCAGCCCAUAGUCAUCCAUUUUUAGUACUUGUUUGGUGUUUGCUAAAGAAAACCUUGAUUUCAAAUGCAUUGUAUUAGAAUUCAAAGUUGGCUCUGCGCAUCAAUGUUCAAAAUGAGUGUUCUUUAAAAGCUGUUGAUUUAUCAAAAUCUUCCCCUCAACCAUUAUUUCCAUGUUUUUGUUAUUUUUAUUUGUGCUAAGGGUUUAAGGUGACUGUGUACUGACUGACAGCAGAUGAUGUUUUACAUACCACGGUCACUAUUAAGAAAACAAAAACAAUCAUGGAUUUAUGAUUUUGCCUCGGAAUCCCUUUAAGACAAUAUUCUUUUAGGGAACCUCUUACAUUAUUUUCUAAGUGAAAUAAAAAGUUAGCAAAAUGUAA